UGUCACAAGGACGCACCUCUCCUCCUCUCCUCCUCUCCUCCUCUCCUCUUCUCUCCGGAGCAGCGCGCAGGGCUGAGAUCAAUCUGCCGGGAAGAGAGGGAUGAGGUCCCGGCAGGCAGCCUGGGAGCACACCACUGAGAAAAUAAAUGGAUGUAAUAUUUCAACGCUGAUGGUUCUUCAAGGCCUAUCGGGGUUAUAUGUUGGGACUUGUGAGUGUAUCUAAAGUGGGAACUUCAGAAAGCAGCGACGGAGCGCAGUUUGUUUUUGGAUCACUCUUUCCCCGAUCGUUAUGUUUAAAUUAACAACAAACGUGGUCAGAAAUCUAAAGACUAGUUUUGUCUUUUUUACUUUCUGAGUGUCCACCGGCAGACUGACUUACAGGCUUCCCUGAAAUAACUUUUUUCUCUCGGAGUUGAGCCGGAGAUGGAUCCAGAGGAGGGGAAGAUCUCGGUGUGGGUAUGCCGGGAGGAGAAGCUGGUCUCCGGGCUCACAAAGCGAACCACCUGCGCCGACGUGGUCAAGGUCCUGCUGGAGGACCAGAACCUGCAGCAGGGCACCUCGGCCGCGAUGCUGUCCGGCUCCCCCCAGUCCUACUGCGUGGUGGAGAAAUGGAGGGGCUUCGAGAGGAUUUUACCAAACAAGACUAAAAUCCUCCGGCUGUGGAGCGCCUGGGGAGACGAGCAGGAGAAUGUCCGCUUCGUCCUGGUCAAAAACGAGGCAUCGCUGCCCAACAACGGGCCCCGCAGCGCCGAGGCCCGGGUGGUCCAGAGCCGAGAGAGCGGCGGUCCGGGUGGCGUGCUCAAGGGCACCGCCAGGACCUGCUGGACCGCAGCGGCCGCUGCCGCCAACCUGUCCCAGGAGAAGCAGAGGCGGAUAGUCAGGAAGGCUUUCAGGAAGUUGGAUAAGAUGAACAAAAAGAAAGAGCAGACAGUUUGUAAAGAUAAGUGUUCCGUGGAGAAGAUGGAGACGCUGGUCCACCUGGUGAUCUCCCAGGACCACACGAUCCGCCAGCAGAUCCAGAGGAUCAAGGAGCUGGACCGGGAGAUCGAGCGCUGCGAGGCGAAGGUGCACUUCGACCGCAUCAAGAGACACGGGGUGAACUAUGUGCAGGACACAUACAUGGUGGACGCCUCAGUAGAGGCUCCUGCCUCGUCGGACUGUAAGCGUAAAGCGGAACGGCAGGACGCGCGAUGUACCGCGGAGGCGCUCGCGCAGUUUGAGGAGUACGCGCGUCGGUGCGAGGAGGUGAUCCGGCUGCAAGAGGAGCUGACGGAGCGCGAGGCGCUCGUGGAGAGCAUCACCGGGGAGAUCCAGGAGGAACUCAACCGGCGGUGGAUGAAGCGGCGGCGCGAGGAGAAAGGAGCGGAGGCGGCAAAGGACACAGACAGUGUCGCGGAGGAGACGUGCCUUGCUGCAUCUGCCGCUCCAGAUGUGGAACCAGAUGUUGAGAGUCUGUCUGAGAACGAGCUCGCGCUGGAGGAGGAGAGGAUCAAAACCCAGCUGGACACCAGUCUGUACAUUGGCCUGCGGCUGAAGACAGACCUGGAUGCCAUCAGGGGGGACUUGGACCUGAGUCUGGCACUCUGGGAGACCAAGGAGAGUGAACUGCUGGACCUGUUGGCCAAAGUUGAGACCAUGGAGAUAGAGCAGGUGAACAACAAGGGGACUGAUGAUGAUAAGGAGGAGCUGGGUGCAGUGAGUGUUGAGACUGAGUCUGCAUCGUCAGAGAAGAGCGGCGGCUGGGUGGAGCAGGCCAGAGGUCUCUCCAAGGCCUGCAACACAAACGACGAGGACUCGGACACGGGCCUGAGCUCCAUGCACAGCCAGGACUCUGACAACCCGCCUGUGUGCGAGUCGCUGGUAUAGACUCACUUUGUUUGGAAGCAAUUCAAAGCCACAAACUCAGGGGCAGAGAAAUCAGUGUUGGCAAUACUGGGAGACGGUCUUCCUACUCUAAACGCACCUCAGUAUGGACACUGUAAUUCUAUAGCAAUAAUUUCUAUAUGUAGUCGUUGCACAAUAAGCUAGGAGGGACAGCAUGCUUAGAGGUUUGAUAGGCCUUGCUGCUCCAUAGCUGACCUUUGACCUCCAUGAGGAGGUCAACAAAGUACCACUUAUUAGGAGAAAUAGCCUAGAAGAGUAUUAUAACAAGCCACUUACUAUCUGUAGUCCUUAAACUAACGCUGAGGUAUUGUUGAUCACUGGUUUACAAAGAGUUAACAGCAGCUCGCAGUCUGAUAACCUGCUGAAGCAACUGAAGGGUACAGUGUUGUUUCAAGGGCACACUGUACACAGGACUAAUGACCAGAAAUGGACAGAUUUCCUUUAAAAGGUCAACAUCAAGUCUACCUUAAUGCACAGUAAAUUACAGUCUGCUAUCCAUCUCUAUGUGGAUAGACAGGUCAGCUACAAACAUGCUAUCAAAGCUCUUUCAGUCGGACAAGGAUCAGUUCUCUGUUGCCCCUUUAAAACAAGACUGACAUUUAUAGAAAUCAUAGCCACUCAAAACAACUACCAGAACUGCUUAGUAUUCAGUAUUUUAUUGUGAAUAGGAGCUGAUGGACCACUUGAUAUUGUCCUCAGUAUAAAUGUAACGUCUGUCUCUCAAGCACAAAAAGUCAUAAUUAUUUAUGUUCUAAAGCCGUGCGGAGUAUCAUCUGCUGCACUCUGUCCUGUGCUCUGCCUGGUCUUUCACAUGUUGGCUUUAAACAUGAAACAUUGAAUUCCUAUCUCAGCCUGUUAGUGGCUGGUUCUCGGUUGUUUAAAGGAAUGGUUUAAUAAUUUGGGGGAGCUUAUUCACUUUCAUCUUCUCAUCUGACUCUUGGCAAAACAGUGAAUAUUUCCCAAAAUGUUAAAUGAAUGCUUCAGAGCAGUGGUUCCCAAUGUUUUUGGCUCAUUCCCCUUUAAAGCAACACAAAGUCACACCAAAAGUUUCAUAUGUCUAUGAGCUCUCUUUUUUGGUUUUUCUUUCAUAACUUGUUCUCUUGUGAUUGAUCUUGUGAUUGCUCAGGUUUAACUUUUGACCACCUUUAGGGGUCAUGACCCCCAAGGUAGGAACCACUGGUUUAAAGCAGGGCACUUGCUUAAUUAAAGGGAUACUCCAGCAAAUUAGUAUUUCACUUCCAUAAAGGUGAGGGACUCGCAAGAGACAGACUUUUUUAAAAAAAGGGUCAAAAUUAAAGCUGAAGUCUUUAGUCCGAGAUAUCCUGAAUCUUAGUUCAUAGAGUGGGUUAAGCUCCAAAAACACUGUAUCCUACAUUUCCCAUAAUGCAAUCUGACAGCAUCUUUAAUCAGACUCCCCCGCUUCCUAAAUGGCUUCCUCUUUCAAAUCUCACACUUCCAGUUUUUUCUAACCCAUGGUUUCUAUUAGAAAAUAAAAAAGCUUUAGAUAAACAUCUGAUAACAUGUAUGAUGUCAUCAGGGUUACUUUUUCAAACUGUCACUAUCUCUCGAGCAACAUAAGACGUUAUACAGCUGUUUUCACAGGCAGAUAAGUGUCUCUCACAUCGACUGAACUGAAUUUCUAGUGUACAAUUGGUGGAGUGUCCCUUUAAAUCUGGGUUUUGACCAUUGUUCUGGCUUUAGUGUGGCGGUUCUGAUGGCGGCUUGUUUCCCUGAAAAGCAUCUUAUUCAACCAGCAAAGCAAAGUGGACGGAUGCAAGAAGCCUCUUGUUUAUAUCACGGUUUAAGUUAAGAAAUUAUUUGUUCGAUUAGUAGAGAAUAAGAUAAGAGAAACUAACACACCGGGAACACAAACAUGAGUCUGCACAAUAGAUACCCACGAUCUACAGUUCGAAUUCUAUGUUUCUUGUCUCAGCAACAAAUUUAUGCAAACAUCCUUUGGAAAGCAAGAUGAAAUUUACAUCGGAAGUCACAUGUUUUUGGCCUCCAUUGUAUAAUUCUCAUUUCCAGUGUUGAGAAAAAUGUGCUUUUUACAAAUAUGUCCUUUUAUCCGGCUCUAAACAGUGUUGGCAGGCCUGUAUCUCUGAGUCCAUCUGUGGGUACAAACACCUGUAACAUUGGAUGUUAAGAUGCUUUUGGGAGAAACGACCCCAUUAAGUAAUCCCACAGCCCAUGCAUCUCUGAACGCUGUGACAUUACGAGGAACUAUUUUAAGCUCCAGUUCACUUUUUACAUCCUGAAAAUAGUUGCUGCAAAGUCGUAUUAGCCGGUCUUCGUGGUGCUCUCUUCCAGGAACUGCACAGAGAAAAUAAAGCAGAAGCAAAGCAGAGGACAUUAUUUUCAGAUAAUCCUUCGACUAAAUCAAUCACUGUAUUUUUUGUCGGGCUGUUGUGAUGUCACAUCUUACUAUGUUUGACUUUGUCCAACCGUAAAAUGGUGAAAAGUAAUACCCUUGUAACACCUAGAAGAGACUGAUGAUAUUGUUUCUGUGGAUUUAGCCGUUAGCUGCAGCCAUAUACCAAAAUGACCUGUGUGUAGCUACUUCAUGUCGCUCGAUCAGGGACUGUUUUGGGCUUUAUUGUCCGUGACAUUCAGCAAAGCUUCUCCUAGAUCAGCAACUCCGAGGCUACAGCAAGAGAAAUCAGAUGCACCGUGGCUGCAUCGUGACACCGGUCAACACGUUAUUACACAUGACUGUUAGUGUUGAAAUAAACAACAAAACCUA